AUGAAAAGCAUAUUUGACUUUUUCUUAAAAGUGAUAAGCGAACCAAAAGUAGAAUGGGAAGUCUUUGAAUCAGCAUAUUUUGGAAAGCACCGUACAAUCGGGGAAAAUUCUGUUACUUGCGUUCGCCUUUAUCCGGAUCUAGCAUUCGAGGAGUUCACUCAAUCUCCAGAUCUCUCAAGAGCCGUUAACGAGUCUAGAAUAGAAUUCGAAAAUAUGAGUAUUGCCACUCCAAUCUCUACAGGAUUGUCGAAUCUGGAGACGAUCGAGUCGGUAUCAGAGCAAUCUACGAGGUUGAUUUUCUUGUAUUACAUGACGGCACCAAGUAUUUUUGUGAAUAUUAUUUCACAUAUAUUGACUUUGCGCUUACCUUGAAC